GCCAGCUCUGCCCAAUUUAAGGAAAAACUUCUAAAAAUGGGUGUUCCCCAUUAUUAAGCAGACACCAUUUUCAAGCAAUAUGGGGAAGAAAAAGGAUUCUCUGUUGCCGAAAAGAGUGAAAUAUUUCAAUGCCUUGGACGAGCUGACUCCCGUUUUCAGAAGAGCCGCUCCAGAAUAUUUCCUCGAUGUCCUCAUACAUGGCUUCAGGAGCGGGAGUAUUUUGGUGAACAGCACCGCCAUCUAUGCCUAUCCCAACAACCAAACCGGCAUUGACUUUAUCAACCACGAUCUGGAGUAUGCGGUGAACGAGUCUCUGACACAGUCCCUGCCGGAUCUCACAGACACGCUGGAGGCCAAUGUCUCCAUUUCUACCAUCCAGGCGGAACCACCUACCAUAACUAAGGUAGAACAGAUGAAGAUUUACGUCAAUUGUUCUCUUGAUUUUGCUGACUACACAGUGAUAUGUAAUAGUAUGUUCUGUUACUGCACCGGGCCGUGCUUCAACAACCCCGACUACUGCCACUAUAAUGGAGACUGCCACAACGCACUCAAUGGCUCCAUCUGCAUGUGCUACAAGCGUGAUUUCUACCGGUACAUUGGAGAUCAGUGUGAGCUCUAUGAGCGAUCGCCUGGAUUUUACGGGUUAAUAUUCGGGGUGAUCGCGGGCGUCCUCCUGCUGAUCAUCGUUCUCAUUUUCGUGGUGAUUUUCCUGAGGAAGAAAAGAAUGUUCAGCUUCUUCAUUGAGAGACGAGAGUCAAAGAUGUGGUUUACAUACGAUGAAGAGAGAACAAACUUCCAGCACACAGAUAUGGACGCCGCUGCCAGAGCCAGUUUGUCCAAUUUAUCAUCCAGAACUGGAAACUAUGACGUAGAAACCAAAUCCUUCCAUUCCUCAGACAGUGAACUCUCGGCAGGAGUCUACCGGCCCAGACUGGACCAAGUGGACACUUCGAAAAAGUUCAAAAUUCAAAGACCAGAAAUGGUGGCGGCCAAUGUGGGACAAAGGUGAUCGAAAAAAAUUACUGAAAAACUACAACAAUAACGACUACAAAAACAAUGACAAUAAAAACGACAACAACAACAAUAACGACUACAAAAACAAUGACAAUAAAAACGACAACAACAACAAUAACGACUACAAAAACAAUGACAAUAAAAACGACAACAAAAACAAUGACAAUAAAAACAAUGACAAUGCUGCUUUACGUUGUGUUCAACAUAGUCUGCACUUUACUUCUAUGAAUGUUAAUGAAGAAUCUCGCAUGAAAUGCGCAGGAGACAGAUGGCGCCAAUGAGGCCGCAGCACUUUACACGUCUUGUAUUCUUCUUCUUUAUCGAUGAUAUUAUAUUAUCUAUAUGAACCAUAGAUGAUUUUUUAUUAUACUUUUAUAUUAUUAGUCGUAUAUGAACCAUAGAUGAUGUUUUAUUAUACUUUUAUAUUAUUAGUCGUAUAUGAACCAUAGAUGAUGUUUUAUUAUACUUUUAUAUUAUUAGAGUCGUAUAUGAACUAUAAACGAACAAAACGUCUUCUUUGUGACCUCAAUGCGCUGCUUAUCAUGUAUACUGAAGCGCCUUUUGCACUCAAAGUGUAUUUUGUAUAAAUACUAAUGAUGUAUAGUUGUGAAUUAUUACUACGCUGAAUUUAACUAUUUAAACUUGAACUUUACCGUAAUACUAAAUAAUA